GAUCUGCCAACCCAGCCCUUCUGUUUCUCAGUCUCAUUCUCCUGUACUCCAGACAGGAACCUCCAUGAGCCUGGAUAAAUAGCCUUUACAGGGAUGGAUAUACCACCUCUUUCACUGAUGUACCCAUAGGAAGCCCUUCUCCUAUUCAGGCUUUUUCUGUCCUAUGGCCUCACUCCUCUUGCAGAAUUAAGAAUGCCACAAAUUUCACGCGAUUCAACAUUGUCUUUUCUUUCCAUUCCUAAAACCCUUCCCCCAUCUCCAAAUCUACUAUAAUCUACAUCGUAAAGACUGGGCCAUUCUCAGCUUUGGCAGUAGGACUUUGUAUCUUUGCAUAAGUGACAUUAUGCCCCCCACCUCCACCCAACUCUUUUAUUAUUUAUAAUUUUUGUAGUGAUGGGAUCUCACCAUAUUGCCCAGGCUAGUCUCAAACUCCUGGCCUCAAGCGAUCCCACCACUUUGGCUUCCCAAAGUGCAGGCAUUAUAGGUGUGAGCCACCAUGCCCGGCCCUCUUUUGUAUUAGAAUUUUUGCACAGUACCUGGCCACAGUGACCUAUGGUAAAUUCUCGUGCUUAGGUGCAUCUUGAUCCUGACAGUACCCUGAGAUCCUUAUUUUCCUCCUAAGCAGGAUUGCCAGUGGGGGGCACUUUGCCGUCCCCUCGAGAAGUGACUCUUACAGAACGGCUCCUCCUGGAUGGCCCACCACCUCAUUCACCAGAGACUCCUCAAUUUCCCCCCAAAACUGGAGCUGUACUGUACACUGUUAAGAGAAACCAGGUUGGGCCUGAGGCUCUCUCCUGCCCCAAGGCAUCCCCCAGACUUCAGAAAGAGAGGGAGGGCCAAAAGGCAGUGGGUGAGUCAGAGGCUUUGAUGCUGGUCUGGGAUGCAUCAGAAACUGAGCAAUUGCCUGGUACCGUGGAACCCCAUGCUUCCUUCCUGAGUCCUGUUUCCUCAAAGACCAGAGAUGCAGGGAGAAGACAUGUGUCCGGGAAACCAGACACUCAAGAGAGAUGGCUGCCCUCAAGCAGAGGUAGGGUGAAGACAAGAGACAGGACAUCCCCUGUCCAUGAAUCUCCAUCAGGAAUUGACACGUCAGAGACUUCUCCCAAAGCCCCUAGAGGGGGUUUGUCUAAAGACAGUGGAACACAGGGCAAGGGUCCAGAGGGGGAGCAGCAGCCAAAGGCCACAGAAGCUACAGUGUGUGCCAACAACAGCAAGGUCAGCUCCACUGGGGAAAAGGUUGUCCUGUGGACAAGGGAAGCUGACCGUGUGAUCCUCACCAUGUGCCAGGAGCAAGGGGCACAGCCACAGACCUUCAGCAUCAUCUCCCAGCAGCUGGGAAAUAAGACACCUGCUGAGGUCUCCCCCCGUUUUCGAGAAUCAUGCAGCUCUUCCACAGCGCCUGUGAAGCCACGUUGUGAGGAUGAGGAUGAUGCAACCAGUACCAGCAAUGGCAGACCAGCUGUCUGACCGCGUGGACCUUCUGUCUGAAGAGAGCUGGAUGAAUGAGAUCUGGGAAUACUUGGGGUAUCAUCUACACAGGGACCAACCCAGCAGGUGCCCUGUCAUUGAGCAGGAGGGUAGUUGUACUUCUGUUGUACAGGUCCUUGCGCCCAGUUUACAGACCGGAGAGGAGGCCCAGGACAGGACAAAGGCUGGAGGGAUGAGUAGGACCCAGGGGCUCUGCCAUCCUUG